CGACAGAUUUCCGAGCCGCGUCGUCUAUAGAAAGACGGUCAUAGACGACAAACCCGAAAAUGUCGUCUAUUAUACAAUAGAAGACAUAAUUUCUCACACGUCGUCUAUUAGCGCCUAAUUUCAUUCCCAACACUUCUUCUCCCAAAAAAAAAUCAGAUUUCAUUCCCCCAAAACACACGCUGCUCCCAAAAUCAAAUUCCGCCACCAAACUCGAAUAUUCACAACAGCUCUCCGGCGGCAGCACCACCGUCUUCCUGCCACCGAACUCAAACGCCACCAUGGGGAUACUCGCCUCCGACAGCGAGGACAAGUCGUUGCACUCCCCACGCCAGUUCCUGAAUGCGUCCCGCACCGCCACUCCCAUCGGUGGUCGUCGAUUCGAAGAUACAACAACAAUCGCCAACCUCCACCUGAAAUCCGACGCACACGUCCCGCCAUCGCUGUCCCCGGCCUCUGAAAUCCGAUUCAGCCUCCAGGAGGGAGGGAAGCCGGAAAGGAUCAUUAGCUCGAAAUUGAAUAUGGGAGGCAAGUUGCAGAUUGGUGCGAGCAAUGGUGACACGAGGGUUUACAUGAACGGCCGUGAGAUCACUAAAGUUGAGCUCAGAGUCUUGAAGGUAGAAGAUUGUUGGGUUAUGGAGACUGAUUAG